AUGGCCCUGCGCGAGAAGGAAGGCCAGCGACUCCAUCAUCCGGACAUUUUCACACAAAAGACGGAUUACGAUUUGUCCGCAUAUUACAACCAAGCAUUGGCGAGAAAGGAACAACUCAGCCACUUGGAUGGAGACGACAUGCCGACGAAUUCGAUCAUUCUAGCUUUGCCGAAGGCUUUCGAGCGUGUGCGGACGGAGCGCGGCGAUGCUAUGGGUUUGGCCGGAGAAAAUGCCGAGGUCGGACCAGAUGAGAAGGAGCAUGCAGGCCGUCGAGAGGCAUUUGCAAUGCGGUGGAACGUUGGACUGCUUUCCGCCACCUUUCGAGAAGGCGCGCAAGGAAGAGUGGGAGGAACUCCGAAAAGUCUGCGUUGA